GUAGAGCUGCAGAUCAGCCUGAAGAACUAUGACCCGCAGAAAGACAAGCGGUUCUCCGGCACCGUCAGGCUGAAGUCAACUCCACGGCCCAAGUUCUCGGUCUGCUUGCUGGGGGACCAGCAGCACUGCGAUGAGGCCAAAGCGGUUGAUAUCCCUCACAUGGACAUAGAAGCUCUGAAGAAACUCAACAAAAACAAGAAGCUGGUGAAGAAGCUGGCUAAGAAGUACGAUGCCUUCCUGGCUUCCGAGUCCUUGAUCAAGCAGAUUCCUCGAAUCCUGGGGCCAGGACUGAACAAAGCCGGCAAAUUCCCUUCUCUCCUCACUCACAAUGAGAACCUGGUGGCCAAAGUGGAUGAGGUCAAAUCUACCAUCAAAUUUCAGAUGAAGAAGGUGCUCUGUCUGGCUGUGGCUGUUGGUCACGUGAAGAUGACAGAGGAUGAACUCGUCUACAACAUCCACCUGGCCAUCAACUUCCUGGUGUCCUUGCUGAAGAAGAACUGGCAGAAUGUGCGUGCUUUGUAUAUCAAGAGCACCAUGGGGAAGCCCCAGCGCCUGUACUAAUUGGGCAGCAAUAAACUUUUAGGACACCU